UGUUUUCAACUGAGUCAUAACCCCGUGGGGUUAGUGCUGAAAUGCACGAAUUGUGAUCAAACGCGCAACCUGGCCGGGCACACAGCUGAUCCGAGAUUUCUACAAAAAAUUGCAUUUGUCAGUCUGAAUCACCAUGCCGCAAUCGAACGUUUGGACACUAUUCGUGCAUUCCAUUUCGGUUCACAUUUCCUAGUUGAGGUGAAACUCGAUUACCGGACGAUGGUUUUUUGUAUCCGCAGAUCUUUUGCCAUCAGGAUUCUGAUUUGUGGAACAUCCGUUUGGUAA